AGCAGCUGUGUUACUUCAUUAGUGCGGCUGACACAUUUUCAAAGUAAAACCGCUUCAUCCCACAAAGACUCAUCUCAAGUUGGUUUCCAGGUGACUAAAAUGAUGGAAAACCUUGCAGAUGUUCUGUAACAGAAGAGGUGCAACUGUGUGUGAUCGGACCCCCAGUUUGGUGAGUGAAGAUGAUUCCUGUGCUGAUCUGUGCUUUGAUUUCGCUCGGUGUGGCAGACAACUUAAACACUCUGUAUCCUGACCUGGAGCACUCGAGAACCAUCUAUGUCGUAGAGAACGGCCCUCGACUCUCGGUGAUGGCAGAACAGUCGAAGGUGGUGUCGAGACGAGGAGGAAACGCCACCUUACCGUGUAAGAUCCAGAGGGACCAAACGCUGGCACCCAAUCGUAAGAUGAGGAUCAAGUGGACCAAGCUGACCUCAGACUACCUGAAAGAGGUGGAUGUUUUUGUUGCCAUGGAUUAUCACAAAAGGAGUUACGGCAGUUUUCACGGACGCGUCCACCUAGAAGGAUCCACUCCUAUGGACGCGUCUCUGGUCAUCACAGAUAUCACCCUGGAGGAUUAUGGGAAAUAUAAAUGUGAAGUUAUUGAUGGGCUGGAAGACGGAACGGCGGUGGUGUCACUUGACCUGGAAGGUGUUCUUUUCCCCUACUUCCCACGUCUGGGUCGCUACAACCUCAAUUUCUACGACGCCGAGCGGGCAUGCCGUGACCAGGACGCCAUCGUGGCGUCUUUCGACCAGCUGUACGACGCGUGGCGAGGAGGGAUGGACUGGUGCAACGCCGGCUGGCUGAGCGACGGCUCGGUACAGUAUCCCAUCACCACCCCCAGAGAACCCUGCGGAGGCAAGAACACGGUGCCGGGCAUCCGAAACUACGGCGUGAGAGACAAAGAUAAGAACCAGUAUGACGUGUUCUGCUUCACCUCCCACUACAAAGGUCGGUUCUACUACCUGAUCCACCCGUCUAAGUUGACCUACGACGAGGCGGUCAGAGCUUGUCAAAAAGACGGUGCUCAGAUUGCCAAGGUUGGCCAGAUGUACGCCGCCUGGAAGCUGCUGGGUUACGACCGCUGCGACGCCGGUUGGCUGGCCGACGGCAGCGUCCGUUAUCCCAUCUCCCGCCCUCGCCGGCGCUGCAGUCCCACAGAAGCUGCCGUGAGGUUCAGCGGCUUCCCUGACAAAAAGCACAAGUUGUACGGAGUUUACUGCUUCAAGGGCGACAACUGAGCUGCAAACACACAUACUGACAACCUGCAAACACACACACACAUACACACCCAAAUUAGCAUGCACACACACACUAGUGAACACACUAGUGGAGUGAAAAAGAGACAGAGGAGGUAUGAAGAAACACAUUCAAACUGUGAUGCUUUAUUUCAUGGAAACAUUAAGACAGAGUCAUGUUGCUUUGUAAUCUGGGACCUGAUAUUCAACGAGGGAUAGUUUACACAUAUUUAAGGUUCAUAUUA